AGAGCGAGCUGGACAGGUUGCCGGGCAGGAGCCAGUAUAUUUACUUGGGGAGUAAAAUUCGCCUGCACAGCCUGACAACGUGUCAGGGGACAAAAGAGAGACGCACGAAAUUCGACGAUUCUAGUGCAGGUGCAGAGGCACUCUGUAUCUGAGCGGAGCGCGCAUAUGGAUACCUAAGGCACACUGCUAGCAACAUCGUAGUAGCAUUCCGCGGUCCGUUUGAUUGUUAUUGUGUCGGGGUCCGGCGGCACAAUUCUUGGGAAGAAGGGGGACCAUUUGAAUGUUCUCAACAUCACACAGCCAAGUUUGCAGUCCGGAUAAUAGGCAGCAUCGGAACGCUCCGUCCGUGGUGCGCAUGGACUUUGGUGUGGUAUUUGACUCAUGUGUGCAUUACGCGUUAAUAUCAAGUAGCCAACACCAACAAUCACCACCUCGCAACCUGAAAGCUGGAGACCACGGGACUCGCGGUUUCGCGGUCGAAAGGUUUAUUAUACUCGACUCUACUACAGGAAUGCGUAAGAAAAUUGCCUCAGACAGAACCGAGUGAGUAAAAGUAGCCUAGUGCACUUGAUCAAUUACAAGCGAACGGAUAAAUUACAAGUUAUCGGGAUAAGGUCUUUGGAAUAUUUUCUCCUUGCACGGACUCCAUCCAUGCCAAUCAAUUUGCAGCUCUAAAGGAAGGUCUGUAACUUACUUGGAAUCCGUCACAAUUGCAUUGCCAGCCAGUGUAAGCCUGUAGUAACAGCCUGUAAUUUCAAAGUUCAGUCAAAGUAAUUUGGCUUUUUUCCCCAAAGGUGUAUUAGUUGAAUGCAGGGGAAUCCGUUACACUGUCCGCUUUGGAUACCAAUGUAAGGUCAUCUCAAACAACAUUUUGUCAAUUGCACAUUGUCAAUUGUCAUCAACACAAUAUAGGCCUACAUUUUUUGUCACCGUGAAGGCUGCGUGGAAGACAUUUGAAUAGCUGGCGCAAGGGCACUAUUGUCGGCUUAGCCCUGCCAGACUGAAUAAAUGGUAAAGAUCUAAAGUUGGUCUGUAAUAAGAUGUAGCCUACUACGAGAGGAUUGUCCUUUUGUCAUCCCGCUUGCAGUUCCACAACUGAUUAUAUGUGCGCGAGGCAAACACCCGGGGGGAUGAUCUCUCUCUGAAGUGGCUGUUACAGUAAUCACCGCCCUGGUGUUAGCGAGGACACGGAGAGAGGGGAUUUCACGAGAUUAUCAGCGGACUGCUAUUUUCUUCGUCCACACACACUGGUGGCAUAUGGACCCCCUUGACUUGAUCCCGGGUCCAGGCAGUCGCCACAAUCUCUUUCAUUGAUCGGCAUCUGGGACGCAACGACACACAUCUGCUGUUUUUUAUAUCGACAAGUGCACUUGCCCUCGAAGAUAGACGCUUUAUAAGACGGUUAGUGCAUCUAUGUGUUUCCACACAACUGACUGUGCUGUUGGCACACACGUUACUCACUGCUGAGAAAACUGAUAGUCACAAUUUAAAGCCCUGCCUUUUUUCACUGUCAGACGAGACUGUCCUCACACCGCAGCGAGUCUCCCAGUGUAAGCCCGCGUGGGCGCACACCUCACCUGCGUAUUCCAAUGUCUCGGUGAACACCUGUCCAGAUCCAUUCACGGUUCUCACGCGCACGAGGAUGCUGCGAGGAUGCUGCGCUUCCCUGUGAAGAAAAUACGGAAGCAAUUCAAGCUCCUGCUGCUCCUGGUCCUGCUAACCUUCGCCGUGUGGUUUACGUACCUCCAUAUCAACCAGGGAAAAUCUAUCAAGUUUCACUUUAAUUACGGUAAAGAUGGUGAGCGGCAGAUGGAUGACACUGACUCGGGUCACAAGAGGGACUCUCGUUCGCCGGACGGCCACCGCAAGAGUGCCGAGGCCAGUGAGAGCCACGAGGACGAGGCCACAGAGGAUGACCCGGGUGCAAUGGGGGUCGACGGCAGCAGAGACCAGGCUCAGGUCCGGAAGGUUCUCUCCCAGAGGCAGAAGAAGUUGCCAUGGAAACCUGAGUUCAAAGGACAAGCGAACCUCCAUGUGUUUGAGGACUGGUGUGGAUCGUCAGUGGCUCAGCUGAGAAAGAACCUGCACUUCCCUCUUUAUCCACAUACGAGAACAACAGUGAAGAAGCUAGCGGUGGCCCCCAAGUGGAAGAACUAUGGCCUCCGAAUAUUCGGCUACGUUCACCCCUACAGAGAUGGGGACUUCCAGUUUGCCAUAGCGUCCGAUGACAACUCCGAGUUGUGGCUGAGUUCAGACGAGAGUCCUCUCAACGCCCGCCUCCUGGUGUAUGUGGGUCGGCUGGGCACGGAGUGGACGGCACCAGGAGAGUUCAGCAAAUUCAGAUCGCAGUCCUCCAAGUCUGUCCAUCUCAUCUCCUCUAGACGGUACUACUUUGAGAUCUUACACAAGCAAGAUGACAGGGGCUCAGAUCAUGUCGAAGUUGGGUGGAGACCCUUCCUGCCUGGCUUGAAGUAUGAGGUCAUUGACUCAGCCUACAUCUCUUUAUAUACAGAUGAGUCCAGUCUGAAGUUGAACAGCGUGGACCACGUGCCCCAGACGUUGGCCAGCCACGCGCGCCUCCCCCAGCAAGACUCCGGCCCGGCCGCCAGCAGCCAACAUGGCGCCGACAUGCUGAAAGCCGACCCCCGAGACACCUUCUACAGCCUGCCGAUGAUAGAGCCGUCCCGUUUGGAGAAUGUCCUGCCCGCCUGCCUGUACUCGCCCACCUACGUGGUGAAGGACUUCCCCAUCGCACGCUACCAGGGCCUGCAGUUUGUGUAUCUGUCCUUCGUCUACCCCAACGACUUCACCCGCCUCACCCACAUGGAGAGGGAGAACAAGUGCUUCUACCGGGAGUCUCCCAUUUAUCUGGAGAAAUUUGGCUUUUACAAGUACAUGAAGAUGGAUGAGGAGGAUGAUGACCAGCCCCUCUUCUUCCCAAACCCAGAUGACUUCCUAGAGGAGGAAGAAGGGGUCGACCCGGAGGACGAGGUGGAGAACGUGGGCACGCCAGCCAGCCGCGCCAGCCGGGCCAGUCACCAAGGCUCCACCAGACACCCUCGGAGAGGAACAGGGGGAGCCACUGCUCCUGAGAGGAGGGAGGCGAAAGAAGGGCAGGACCAGGGCAAGGAGGAGGAGGAGGAGGAGGUGGAGGAGAACAACAACAACGUGGUCCACAGGAGGAGACCCAGAAGGCAGCACGUGGUGGGUCCUCCUCCACGCGAGAGGCUGAGGGAGGGGGACCUGGAGCGGGAGUGGAGGCUCCACCGGGACCAGGUGAGGCACCCCGUCCUCAAGCCCCAGCCCAAAGAAGAGCCCGAUGCUGGGGAGGAGGUCGCUGGAGAGGAGCAGGAGGAAGCACCAGGAGGAGGAGAACGGAGCAGCCGACGGUUAUCCUGGAUCCGCACAGGACCAGAGGAACCAGGGAACCGCAAGGGACAGCGGGCAAGAGAACCGGCGCCAAAGCUCAGCAAGUCAGCCCUGCUCUUCCCCCAGAAGGCCUCCCUGACGGCGCUCACCAGCCGUGCCAAGCAGAUACUCACCAACUCAGCACACGUACCCCGUAGCCCUGCAGACAUGCACCCUCCACACACCAAAGAACACAAGAGGGACCCCAACAAGAUCUACAUCACCAGGCCACGGCCCGCCAAGGACAAGAAGGCUCCGCUAUCCCGCCAGCCCCGGGAGGUCUUCCCUGGAGUCUUCCUCUACCAGACGGGGAAGACCACCAGGCUGGUCAACCUGGGAGCCAAGGCCAGGGCUGCGGGGCCUCUCCUGCCCAAGCCGCCUCCUAAGCUCAUAGUUCCUGCCAAUCAAUCCAAGCCGGUGGUGGCGCCACGCAAACCGGCCAGCAGGGCGGCAGUGUUGAGUCACACAGACACCAGGAAAGCCACACCUGAAGCGCCCAAAGUGCCCCCACCAAUACCACCACACACCACCGCGCCACACCACCACGUCCCACCACCACCACCACCGGUACCCACAGGCCUGCAGGCAGCAAACACCUCCAGUCCAGUGGUGGUGCGAGUCACCUCCUACAUGCGCACGUCGGAGAUCACGGAGCCCAAGAAACAGAGAGUGGAAGGGCAGGAGGAGGAGGACGAGGAGGAGGAGGAGCAGCCCCAGGAACCUGAACCAGAGCAUGACCAAGAACCGGAGCAGGAGCAGGAGCAGGAGCAGGAGCAGGAGCAGGAGAUUGAGGUCCAGGAGCAAGGUCAGGGCACCGUGCCCGAGGAGGAUGGUGGCUUGUCGGAGUACAGCUAUGAGGACGCGGAGCCCAGGCCGGGCUGGGCCGAGGAGUCCAUCAACUGGCAGAGGACCUUCUCGGUCAACACCAUGGACUUCGAGCUGCUGCGCUCCGACUGGAACGACUUGCGGUGUAAUGUCUCGGGAAACCUGCAGCUGGCGGAGAGCGAGGUGGUGGAUGUACUGGCGCAGUACAUGGAGAAACUAAACGAGCGCAAUGGAGGCAUCUACACCCUGCUGCGCAUCAUCAACGUGGAGAAGCGCCGCGACUCGGCGCGAGGCAACCGCUACCUGGUGGAGCUGGAGCUGAUGGAGCGGGGCCGCACGGUGGUACGCCUCUCCGAGUAUAUCUACAUGCUGCUGCACCGCGGCCGCUCCGAAGACAGCCUGGAGACCAGCGAGGUGGUCACCCCGCCACCGGGGCCCACGCCCGCACCCGUCUCCACACCUGCCGACCCCCACCACCACCACCGAGAACAACAGCAAGCCAAUGACAAGGGCGAUGAUGACGGUGGCGUUGUUGCUCCUAAUAAGCCGGCGGCACUGCCUUCGCACCAGCCCUCGCCCACCACACAUACCGGCCAAGGCACGCCUCAGGCAGGAACGUCCUACGCCAAGCCCCUGCUGUGUCAGCCGGUGAUGCUGCAGUGGAGGAGAGACGUCAUGGUGCACUUUGUGGUGCCAGUGAAGAACCAGGCUCGCUGGGUGCAGCAGUUCAUCUCGGACAUGGAGCUCCUGCACCGCGAGACCAAAGACGACAACUUCAACAUCAUCAUCGUGGACUUCCAGAGCGACGACAUGGACGUGGAGCAGGCCCUCAGGGAGAGCACGGUGCCCAGGUAUGAGUAUCUGAGGAGACCAGGGAAUUUUGAGCGCUCAGCCGGGCUACAGAUUGGAGUGGACACCAUAGAGGACAACCACAGCAUCGUGUUUCUGUGUGAUCUGCACAUCCACUUCCCCCUGAACAUCCUGGAGAGUGUCCGUAAGCACUGUGUGGAGGGCAGGCUGGCCUUCGCCCCCAUCGUCAUGAGGCUGGACUGUGGCAGCUCCCCACAAGAACCCAACGGGUACUGGGAGGUCAACGGCUUUGGCUUGUUUGGGAUCUACAAGUCGGACUUUGACAAGAUCGGCGGUAUGAACACGGAGGAGUUCAAGGACCGCUGGGGAGGAGAGGACUGGGAGCUGCUUGACAGGGUGCUGCAGAAUGGCCUGGAGGUGGAGAGGCUGCGGCUCAGGAACUUCUUCCACUACUACCACUCCAAGCGUGGCAUGUGGAACGCCCAGGCCAAGAAGAACAGCCCCAAGGGCCCCUAACAGACCCCCGAGGGGGGGCCCAUAGUAAAGAGCCCGCUGCAGUGCCCAUGAGGGACAGGACCCAACCAGAUACAGAUACGCACCGAUGAAUGCACAACAGGCUGGCAUCCCUUUAGGAUUUAAGGCACCCCUCCGCAGGGCAUUCGCGAAACUCUCUGUGGACCGCUUGACGCGCGCACACACACACACACGUUUUCUGUGUCUGUUGUGUGAUUGUGUAAUGUCGUGUGUGAGAGAGAAUAUGUGAGUUUGCAGACACAGCAAAGGGGCGAGUUUCUGUGUGUGCCGUCGGGUUGCCGCUUUUCAUGUUGUGUGCUCGUCUGCACAGACCAGAGGAAGAGGAACUACGAGCUUUUCUUAAUUUUAUUUUUUUUCCGUUUCAUGUCGUUGUCUCCUGUCAUUUGCUGGGCAGGAAGAUUUUUUUUACCCUGAAAAUUUGACUUUUAAGACAUCUAAAAAAAAAGGUGAAAGACAAACUGGUGUAUCUCUUUGAGAAGAUGUCCUCUGAAUGAUGAAAGACUGAAUUCACUUGAAACUUCCUCUUGAUUGUUAGGACACUUGUAUGGCAGUGUAUAGAUCAUACCGCCGGCGCUGUGUUUUCCACAUCGACUACGUGGACUAGAGCUAGAGAAAGUGUUGUGUCAGUAGAGAUGCAGUGCGUUUUUUUGUGUAAAACUUUCUGGUGCAAAAAGGGUACGUAUACUUCAUUUUUCGGGGUUACAUUUUCUAUAACUGGAAAUUUGAGGUGGACUUUUAUCGGUGCGUUUUCUUUAGCACUUUGUCGUCGCUCUCACACAUUGGAUGUGCUAAACAUUCAUGAAAAAUGUACUUGACUCAAAUUCGUACAACUUAACUCCUGCCGACUGUAAGAGGGGUUGAAAAAAAUAUUGCAGCGUAGAUUUUUGAUAUAUUUUUUAUUUCCGAUAUAUAGCCAUGUCAAAGCACUUUUGUUUGGGUUUUGGUGUGGGGAUUACACCGUGGAUUCUGUAGUGUUAUUUCAACACUGUGAGUCGUACAUCAGCUCAACAAGUGUUGAAUGAACACUGCAUUGUUUACUGUGUAGGCUACUGUGUAAACCUGUUAACACUGUAUGUUUCCCCCCUGCGUGGCUUAUCCAUCAUCAAGAGAUUUUUUUACACCAGAAACUGAAUCCCUUCCAGAAAGGUCACCAAGAAAGAAACUGAACUUUUAUUUGUCUGGUCUGCAUUAGAAGACUGGCUGUUCUUCACCUGCUGAAGAGGAAGACGAGGAGAAGAAGAUGAAAAAAGCUUUUUAAAUGACAACUAUAAUGCAGUUUGUAUGUUUAGCUGUGUGUGUGUUGAUUUUGUUUGGUUUCUGUGUCGACUGUGUGAUAUAGAUAGAAGGGAGAUUUUUUUAAUACCCCCUCCUUGUGUGUGUGUG